AUGAGGAGGGGAGCGGGAGCGGGAGCCCCUGUGCCUCCCGCACGCCGUGCCUGCCCUGCGAGUGCAGCCAUGGAGUGUGUGCAGGUCCCCCCCAUGCAGCCGGGGAGUGCUGCUGAGGGGGACCGGCGGCGGCGGCUGCUGCCCCCUGGACCGCAGCCGGAAGAGGAGACACUAGGCGGCUUUGAGCCCUGGGCUGCCUCGCCGAAGGGAGAGGAUGCUGCUGGCGACCAAAUGGGGGUGAAACUCCAGGAAAGUUUGGGCAUGGCUCUCCUCUCCCAUCUGGAUGCGGAGAUCCUGCCCUCAAAACCUAGCUCACCGGCUUCAGGAAACGCUCCCAGCGGGGAAAUGGUGGGCCAUGCAACGGUGUCUUCUGCAAAGAGGGACUCGAAGGAGCCGGAGGGCUUGGAUCUGGGAGAGGAGCGGUUACAGGGGAAAGAGACUUCUUUGGUCGUGAACCAUCCACUUCAGGAAGCAUUUUCAGAGCAUGAGGAUGCCUCUCCUAACCCUCACUUGGCUGCAGAGAGGAGAAACUUGCCAGAGGUGGCUGCUGCCGCCAGAGGCGGCCCCGGGGGAAAUGAAAAAUCUCUGCUACAGGCCCCUCUUUCCCCCUCACAGGAAAAGUUGGCAUCUCCGCCUUCCUAUAACUGUUCUUUGGACUCCGAAGCCCCAAGUCCAGAGAGUCCAGGGGGUGACCAACAAGUGGAGGCUUCUCCACCUUCUGAUGAUGGAAAACUCAAGCAUGGGGCAAAGCGGGUAACAUUUCCUUCUGAUGAGGACCUAGUGUCUGGGUCUCUGGAGCCUAAAGAUCCUUGGAGACAUGCCCAGAAUGUGACUGUUGAGGAAAUUAUCAUUGCCUACAAACAAGCCUGUCAGAAAUUAAACUGCAAACAGAUACCCAAACUACUGAAGCAGAUACAGGAAUUUAAAGAACUAUCUCCCAGGAUAGAUUGCUUGGAUCUAAAAGGAGAAAAACUAGACUAUAAGGCCUGUGAGGCAUUGGAAGAGAUUUUCAAAAGGGUCCAGUUCAAAAUAGUUGAUUUGGAGCAAACGAACCUGGAUGAAGAUGGUGCCUCAGCAUUAUUUGACAUGAUUGAGUAUUAUGAGUCAGCAACGCACCUCAACAUCUCAUUUAACAAACACAUCGGCACCCGAGGCUGGCAGGCAGCUGCACAUAUGAUGAGAAAGACUAACUGUCUGCAGUACCUGGAUGCUCGGAACACUCCUCUGCUGGAUCACUCGGCGCCAUUUGUUGCUCGGGCUCUGCGCAUCAGCAGCACCCUGGUAGUGUUACACUUGGAGAACGCCGGCCUUUCUGGGCGCCCGCUCAUGCUACUAGCAACGGCUCUGAAAAUGAACAUGAACCUACGGGAACUGUAUCUAGCCGAUAAUAAACUGAAUGGAUUGCAGGACUCUGCUCAGCUUGGCAACCUGCUGAAAUUUAACUGUUACAUACACAUAUUGGACCUGAGGAACAACCACAUCCUAGAUUCAGGCUUGGCAUACAUCUGUGAGGGCCUAAAGGAGCAACGGAAAGGGCUGAUCACUCUGGUUUUGUGGAAUAACCAGCUGACUCACACUGGCAUGGCUUAUAUGGGGAUGACACUGCCUCAUACGCAGAGUUUGGAGACCCUGAACCUUGGUCACAAUCCCAUUGGGAAUGAAGGUGUUCGUAAUCUGAAGAAUGGACUCAUUGGAAACCGCUCUGUGCUCCGAUUAGGCUUGGCUUCUACUAAACUAACAUGCGAGGGUGCUGUGGCGGUAGCAGAAUUCAUUGCAGAGAGUCCAAGGCUCCUUCGACUAGACCUGCGGGAGAAUGAGAUUAAAACGGGGGGUCUGAUGGCAUUGUCCUUGGCGCUGAAGGUCAAUCAUUCUCUGCUCAGGUUGGACUUAGACAGGGAGCCGAAAAAGGAGUCUGUGAAGAGUUUUAUUGAAACACAGAAAGCUCUUUUAGCUGAAAUCCAAAAUGGUUGCAAGCGCAACUUUAUUCUGGCCAAAGAGAAAGAGGAGAAAGAACAGAAACUUCAGCAAUCUGCCUCUAUGCCAGAGAUCACCAUCACCGAGCCGAUUGAGGAGGGACCUGUGGAAAACAGCCAAGGUGAUGGCACAGCAGAAACACCUGAAGGAGAUGAAGUGGGGGAGAUGUUGGUGUCCACAGAGAACAGGCAUACAGACAAGGCAAUAAACAGUGACAAAGAUGGGGUGACAUAUUCAGACUCUGACACAGAUGAUGAGAUAGACACUGGGUUAGAGACUAAAGAUCUCAGUAAAUCACAGAAACAAAAUGAUUCUGUUCAUGUAGAUAAUGUCCCCCAGACAUUUCUUUCUCCUGAAAAGACAAGGGAUGCACUUAGCUCAGAGGACAGAACUGCCCCUUCAAACAUGGCUGAAGAAACAAAGUGUGAGCCCAAAGGAGGGGGAAACAUAGGGACUAUACCAGGGGCUCAGGCACAUGCUGACUCUCAAGGAAAUGAGAGGAGAAUUUCUGUUUCCAGUCCUGGGCGAGGCCAUAAAAUCUUUGUAGUGACACGAGUGGAAAAUCUACCAGAGAAAACAGCAGAAAACACUACCCGGCUGAAGGAGAAUAUCCGUGACCUGCAAGGCAAUGCAGUGAAACAGUCUAAACUGAUAGCUCAAACCCUACCUACGAAGACUGAAUUUUUGGACUUGCAGGCAAAUGGGACUGUUUCCACGUUGGCAGCCAACUUGGAAAAUGCACCAUCGGCAGGAACCCCUGGAUCAGUUUCAGAAAAGAUGAACUCUGGACCGUGCGAGAAUACAGUCCAUGAAACUCCACUUCCUAAUGGGCUAAAGACAGAAUUUGUUCAUGCGCUACCAGAUACGUCCUCAGGUUGUGAUGGGAAAAUGGGGAGCUGUGCUGUCGAGCAUGAAUUAAACUGUUCCAAGAAUGAGAAGGAGCUGGAGGAAUUGCUCCUAGAAGCAAGUCAAGAGACAGGGCAGGAGUCACUGUGA